CUCCCAGAAAAUCUCGUGAGAUAUUUAGUAGAGGACUACUCAGCUGAGCUCUCCUUAAUAAGCAAUCCUUGCUGGACAAUUGGGAUUUUGCUAAAGGCUUCCAGCACCAGAAAGCUGAAAUUCAAGAACUUCACCUGAAUCAUGGGGAAUAUUUUUGGGAAUUUGCUGAAGAGCCUCAUAGGAAAGAAAGAGAUGAGGAUUUUGAUGGUGGGGCUGGACGCUGCAGGGAAAACAACAAUCCUCUAUAAGCUCAAACUGGGGGAAAUAGUCACCACAAUCCCAACAAUCGGGUUUAAUGUGGAGACGGUGGAAUACAAGAACAUCAGCUUCACUGUGUGGGAUGUGGGUGGGCAGGACAAGAUCCGUCCCCUCUGGAGGCACUACUUUCAAAACACGCAGGGUCUAAUCUUUGUGGUGGACAGUAAUGACAGAGAACGUGUGAAUGAAGCACGAGAAGAGCUGAUGAGGAUGUUGGCUGAGGACGAACUGAGAGAUGCGGUCCUGCUUGUGUUUGCCAACAAACAGGACUUACCGAAUGCCAUGAACGCCGCCGAGAUCACAGACAAGUUAGGCCUGCACUCCCUGCGUCACCGCAACUGGUACAUCCAGGCCACCUGCGCCACCAGUGGGGACGGCCUCUAUGAGGGCCUUGAUUGGCUGGCAAAUCAACUCAAGAACAAGAAAUAAGAAGAAAACUGAAAAACCAACAAACAAACACAAAAAAGCCAGUCAAUGGCCACACCCUUCUAACUUUUCUUUCUUGUGGGGAUGGCGGGUGCAGGUUAGGAAGGAAGGCUUUGACUGAUAGGUGUGAAGCAUGAUUCUGGGUUUGGGGGGCCGUUUCAGUUUUGCUCUAUUCUUGAUAGUUUUCAGCAGGUAUUUGAAAACAGAUUCUAAUGUUCAUAUUUAACUACACACAAAUACACACUAACUGUAAGCAAUCACAGCAGACACUUCGUUUCCUUCGUCCACCUCUUGUCCUUAGGUGCAGUGUACUGUAUGUUAGUCUUUAGGUGCUGUGAAGAAUCACAUGUGACUCCACCGACUCAGAAAUCAGUCAGAUCUGACUUUUAUGUUUUUUAGUUGCAGGUCAUUCAGGAAAAUAACAGAUGUAUGUCAGAGGCACAUUCCCAAUUCCUUCUCAUUUAUUUGUUUUUGUUGUUUGUUUCCUAUCCUGCAGGGUAACAGAGCCAUAUUUAAGAACAACCACAUCUUACAGAUUCAAUUCAACAUUAUAAAAAUCUUCUCAUUUGCGAGUACUUUAAUGCAUACAUGCUCAUUCAGUGUGUUAUUAAUCAUGAACAGCUCUGUAACUGCACAGGAAACAUCCAUCUUUUGAUAUCUGUGCAGUGUUUCUACUCCCCAUGUGGCAACCUGAAGCUCUGAAUCCUCCCUUUUUGAAUAUUUAAAGCACACAACACAAUCUCUAUUCUGACCUGCAUGCAUCUUGCUGGCCUUGUUGCAUACUUCUCCAUCCUCUGAGCUGCAUAGGUGUUGAUGCUGCUUGUAGAGUUUUGCUAAUUGCCCUUAUAUUUACAGUAGGAUGCAGGAAGCACCAGUUUCUGCAAGAGGUGGCAGCAUGUACUAAAAAUUAGAACAGUAAGCUUUAUUUGUGAGAACAGUAUAUAGGUUGAGCCACACACUAACUCACUAAUAUGUACAGGUGCUGCUUGUCUGUCUUUUUGUGUGUCCAUAUCAGUAUUCAGACCGCAUCAGGCUUGCUUGCGUGUUUUUGUUAUGCAGAUCAGGGGUUGAUUCUGUCACUGGUAGUUGUGCUACUGAAUGUGAAUAUUGUGGGUGAAUCUAUAAAUGGCUGUAGCUAUAUUUAUUUUACAUAUAUCUUUUCAGUGAUGUGUCUCCAUAAUGUGAAGGAAAGCAGGGUCAACAGAUCAUUUUGUUGGUGAAUUUGCAGAAAUUCAUCAGCACGUCUACGUCUCACUUUUGAACAACAGGCGACUGACUGCGUCACUGUUGAUACCAGCAGAAUCCACAGACUUAUGUCAAUGAAACUUAUUUCUUUGUGCCACACAUGGGUACUACUACUAAUACACCAGUAACGGUAUCACACACUGUACAUCCACUCAUUCAAAGGAUCAUUGUGUCUUUCACGUCCAGCAUUUAUUAUACAUCAAAAACUUGAUAGUUUGGUUUAUGUGGCCUUAUAUUUAGAUUGUUUUCCUCUCGGUUGGUUUUGUUCAGAUUUGUGAGUCAAAUAUAUUUAUUUAUAAAAAGAAAACGACUUGCAGAUUUUUUUCUCAAUGCCCUCAAAAGGCCAAUUUAGCACCACACUUCACAGUGAUCAAGCAAAGGUUUUGUCAUAGAGUGUCUUUUGUUUUUAUAGGAAUCAUAUUCUGUGGUUGAUUUCUUUGGUUUUCUUUGGGUUUUAAAGAAAUUUUGAUGUAGACUGUGUCUGUGAAUCAAUGAUAAUCAGCAAUGAAAAAAUAUAUAUCUCUAAUGAUUCAUUCUGUACCGUUAUAGUUACAUAAGUAGGUUUAAAAACAGUGAAGACCAUGUUUCAGAACUGAAGGCAUGGUGACAUCUGUAUGUGAUGUAAGACAAUGAGAACCUGCUGUAUAUCAAAUAAACCCAUUUUCUGUA